AUGGAGCUGGGGGCCAGACUGGUUCAGAAGCAGUGUCUAGAGCUCAAUGCCACCAGGCCCAACUUGGCGGUACCCCGAGUGGAGGUGACCCUGUACUAUGAGAGCCUGUGUCCAGGCUGCAGGGCCUUCCUCCCCCAGCAGCUCUUUCCCACCUGGGCCAUGCUCCACGACAUCAUGGACGUCAAAUUGGUGCCCUACUGCAAUGCACAGCUUCCCUCAGGGAAUUCUCCCUUCACCUGUCAACAUGGAGAACCAGAGUGUCAUGGUAACAUGAUUGAGGCAUGUUUUCUACAUUCAGUGGGUCGGUACUCAGCAUUCCAAGUCAUUUACUGCAUGGAAUCUGCAGCUAACGUUCUUGAUGCUGCCCAACCUUGCUUACAGCUGCACGUCCCCUCCAUGAUAUGGGACAGUGUAACGUCCUGUGUGAAGGGAGAGCUCGGCUUCAAACUGAUGCAUGAGAACGCCCUGAAGACCAAUGCUCUCAGUCCGGCCAAAACACACGUCCCCUGGGUGACUAUUAAUGGGGAAUACACGGAUGACUUUCAGGACAAAGCAAUGUCAUCGCUUUUCAACUUGGUCUGCAAAAUGUACAUGGUGAGUAGCAGGGGGGUUACUCGUCCUUGUUUGAGGUUUAAUAUGAAUUACAUUUAAAGUCAUAAACUGUGGUCAACAUGUACUUGGUCAUGGGCUGAGCUAAAAUGUAAUGACCACCCAUAUUUGUCCACGGGGAGGUAAGCCCCCUGCCUGUACUGGGGCCCAGAAGAAACUAGACACGCAUUUGUACUGAAACCAACAGUCAUGUUUUGAAAUAUUUUGUUACAAUAU